AUGCCGGCGACACUGGACCACCUCCCGGUUGAGAUUCUACAUAUGAUACUCGCUCAUUUAGGCAUCGACUGUCGCUACACAGAUCAAUUAGAGCCGCCGGAUACACCUCAUCGCUUUUCUCAAACGCCCGAUCAGCCAUCCUGGUACUCUUUAAAAUUGCAACCGCUUCUCUCCCUUUGUCUGGUGUCCAAGCGCUUGUGCAACGUCUUCCAACCUAUCCUGUAUCAAGAAUUUAUGCUUGGGUGUGGCGACUCGUGGUGCUCAGAGCUUUAUACAUGGGACGGUCGGCUACUUUCGUUCUUGCGAACCGUCGCUCGGCGACGAGACCUGGCUGGAUUCGUGAAGAGGAUUCGUAUAGUGCCGCAUUUGCUCCAAGCUUCUUGCGAGUAUCUGGAAAAGAAGGAGAGAGACCGCCAUGGGAUAUGGAAGGAACGGGGAGCACGGUAUCAGAUGCUGGAUGGGAAGAUCUUGACUUCCCCGGUUCCUCCUCAAAUUGAUAUGAGCAGGCCUAUGACGUCUAAUUGUCAUGGACUAUGGACUGAAGCCAUUCCUUCUGAGGGGCCGGAAUUGAGGAUCUUCAUUCUGGAAGAGGAGGCUCAUGACACUCUCCAUGAGCUUGCCGUUGCAUUAGGAAUUAAAAAGCCCGAGCAACUAUCAGCCAAACACUUGAUUACUCUUUUGAUUGCGGCACUCCCAAAGCUAGAACAUUGCAGCCUUUUGGUUGGUCCCUAUCGGGACAAAAUGUGUUCUCACUCUGGACCCCUCUCGGCUGCUGGGAUCUCCCGACUGCCGCUGCGAACUUUAAACGUUGGAUUUCUACUCAAAAAACACGAGGACUUUGAACUCGACUGCACCGUCCGGGCCCUUCUUGAAGUGUCGCCAUGCCUUGAAACGCUUAACCUCCAUAGGUGCAAUGGGACUGGCCAACAGGUCGCAUUACCUUUUCUGCCGAGUCUCAAGCAUAUUCGCAUCGUGUGCAGUCGUCUCAACGAGCAAGCUCUUGACAACAUACUUAAUUCCUGUGACAGCUUAUGCAACUUCGUGUACGAGGCGAAAAAGCCCUUCUUCAACCCAUCCAAUGGGUUACCAGAGAAUGAAUGGGACUGCAGCGAUCACUUCCAGCUCUGCAAUGCUGCAGGAUAUCUCAGCCGCCACUAUAAAACACUCGAAUCAGUCCAUAUCGACCUGCGGUACCGGGGAGGCGACCCGGCCGUCCCGAGCUCAUUCAGCUUUCGAGAGCUAACCGCCCUGAAGCACCUCUUUCUUAAUCUGGACGAGUUCCACAGCAGGUUCUUCAUGCCGCGUUGCACGGAUGAGCAAAUCUUGGUCCAAAUUCUCCCUUCGGGCAUUAGCUCCCUGCACCUUGCUGGGCAGAUUGGCGAGGACCUUCCGCGGCUGGAAAAGAGUCUGCUUGGUCUUGCCGAGGCCGCUAUCGAAGGACAGUUCAAGAAUCUGAAGGAGGUGAGAUGGGACAGAGCGGCCAAAUUGAAUGCGGAAAACGUUGUAAUGUCCUUGUUUGCCGACGCAGGGGUGGACUUUGCAUACGACAGCUGGCCAGGGACGAGCUUGUCAUUCUACGAGAGCGCCAGUAUACCUCCACUUGCAAAUUUUAAAAAUCCAUGGUUGGCAUUUCUGGAGAGCGUUGAGGAGGACACCAGAGACCUUUAA